GUGUGUGUGUGUGUGUGUGUGUGUGUGUUUGUCAGUCAGGCCGGUCGGAGUCGCAGUGCCACCAUCAUUACUGCUUAUAUAAUGAAGAGAUACCAGCUGGGAUUCACUGAGGCUUACCACAGACUGAAGACCGUCAAACAGGACGUACAGGUCAACCUUGGUUUUGAGGAGCAGUUGUGUCUGUACGAGGCCCUGCUGUGUGAAGUGGACACCUCCAGUCCUCUGUACAAACAGUACAGACUGACCAAGGUCAUGGAGAAGUACCCUGAGUUGCAGCACAUCCCGAGGGAGCUGUUUGCUGCCGACCCCGCCCACUCCAGCUCCUCUGAGGCGUCCUAUCGCUGCAGGAAGUGCAGACGAGCUCUGUUCCGUGGCUCCAGUAUUCUCAGUCACCCUGUAGGAGAAGGAGCGCCAGCCUUUGGUCACAGGAAGUCCAGUGACCGCACUGGAGAAGUCCAGUGUACGUCUUACUUCAUCGAACCUGUGCAGUGGAUGGAACAGGUUUUACUCCGAGUGAUGGACGGACAGCUGCUGUGUCCUAAGUGUAGCUCUAAGCUGGGCUCAUUCAGCUGGUGUGGUGAUCAGUGUUCGUGUGGUCGCUGGGUCACUCCCGCCUUCCAGCUGCACCGCAACAGAGUGGACGAGAUCCGACAGCUCAACGUGCAGAAAUAACAUUUCAUCACUGCAGGAUGUUCAUGUGUGACAUUUUACGACCCCGUGCAGGACAGCUGGAAAAGGCUUGCUGACAUGCAGGAGUUUAGAAGCAACUUCUCAGUGGUGGUACACGAAGAGCGUCUUUAUGCCAUUGGUGGUGAUGAGAUCAACACCAACCUAGAGAUG